AUGGCGACAGCACAGUUGCAGAAGACUUCUUUGAGUUCAUUGGUGUUUCCCAGUAAGAUAUCAACUGAGCAGCAGUCUCUGAUAUUAGUGAAGAGACUCUUAGCAGUUUCCGUAUCCUGCAUCACAUAUUUAAGAGGAAUAUUUCCAGAACAUGCUUAUGGAACAAGAUACCUAGAUGAUCUUUGUGUCAAAAUUCUGAGAGAACAUAAAAAAUGUCCAGGUGCUACUCAAUUAGUGAAGUGGAUGCGAGGAUGUUAUGAUGCUUUACAGAAAAAAUAUCUAAGGAUGGUGGUUCUAGCUGUUUACACCAAUCCAGAAGACCCGCAAACAAUUUCAGAAUGCUAUCAAUUUAAAUUCAAGUACACCAAUAAUGGACCAGUCAUGGACUUCACAAGUAAAGACCAAAAUGAGACUUCUGGGUUACCUGCUGACACCAAGAAAGCAAGCAUUCUCCUCAUUCGCAAGAUUUAUGUUCUAAUGCAAAAUUUGGGACCGUUACCUAAUGAUGUUUGUUUGACCAUGAAAUUAUUUUACUAUGAUGAAGUUACACCCCCAGAUUACCAGCCUCCUGGUUUUAAGGAUGGAAAUUGUGAAGGAGUGAUUUUUGAUGGGGAGCCUAUGUAUUUAAAUGUGGGAGAAGUUCCCACACCUUUCCAUACCAUCAAGGUCAAAGUGACCACUGAGAAAGAAAGAAUGGAAAAGAUUGAUUCAAGUAUAUUAUCACCAAAAGAAAUAAAAACACCGCUUCAGAAAAUUCUCAUGGACAGAGAUGAUCAAGAUGAACAAGAGCAUUCUGAUAAUUUUGAAGGUGAAACUAAAAUGGAAGAGCAGAAGGAAAACCCUGGAUCUCCUAAACUUAGAGAAUCAAGUUUAGCUUGUGAGAGCGAUGACGUUAUAAUGGCAUCUAAAGAAAGUCCAGAUAUGUCCAUUUCUCAUUCUCAGGUUGAGCAGUUAGUCAAUAAAACAUCUGAGCUUGAAGUAUCUGAAAGCAAAACAAGAAGCGGAAAAAUAUUUCAGAAUAAAGUGGUUAAUAGAAGUCAACCAGUAAAAGCCAAAGAAAGUCGGAAGAGACCUCGUGAAUCUGAAAAACCUGGCCGUCAUCCCUCCGACCCUCCUAGCCAAGAGCCGGUGCCCAAGAGAAGGAAGUUCAGUGAGCCGAAGGAAGAUAUCUGA